AUGCAAACAAAUAGAGCCGAUGACUUCCUUGAGCGCAUGACCAACGCUAACUAUGGUAUCCGUUACCCAACUGAGGAGGAUUUGACUGGCGCUGCAAUUGGUCUUCUAAGGCUUCAGGACACUUAUCGAUUGGAUACAAAGGAUCUUGCAGAGGGUCGAAUCUAUAAUAGUCAGGGCAACUACACAUUUGAUUGUAAGUAUAACACCUACAAAAACAUUUUAUCUCACGGAAGCUGAUA